AUGGAAACCAUACAUCAAACCUUGCAGCAAACUUUGCAAGUAACUAUUGAAGACCUCCCCGAUGAAGUAUUAGAAUUUAUAUUAGGAUUUCUACCACCAUAUAAGGAUUUACAAAAUUGUAUGAGUGUUUGUAAGAGGUGGUGUGGUUGUGCACAAAAUGUGUUACAUAAAACAUCAAUAAAACUUAUAAAAGCUAUAGGAGAAUUCAACAUACUAUGGAUGAAUGUUGCUCAUACAGAAAUAGUUCCUACAAUAACAAAAAGAUUUUCUCAUGCAGCUUGCAUUCUUGAAAAUAACAUGUAUAUAUUUGGGGGAUGUACUACUAAUGCAACAUCCUUUAAUGACCUAUGGAAAUUUGAUUUAUCAAAGAGACAAUGGAUAAGGCCUUUAGCUACUGGAACAUAUCCCGUUCCCAAAGCUUAUACAACAAUGGUUGAUUAUAAAGACUGCUUAAUUGUUUUUGGGGGAUGGACUUAUCCAUCUCUUUCACAAUUAUACCAAAAUGUCACCAUGUUUAAUGACAUACAUUUUUACUGUAUUAAGAAUAACAAAUGGAUAUUAAUCAAUGCUACAAAUCCUCCGCCACCAAUGGCUGGUCACUCUGCAUGUGUUAAAGGUGAUGAAAUGGUGGUAUUUGGUGGAUUAAUAAUGUCAGCUGCACAAAAUUAUCAAAUCCAAUGUUCCAAUGAUGUUUGGGUGUUAAAUAUAUCUACUCUUAACUGGAGAAAGCAAGCCACUACUAAGCCAAGACCUUCUCCACGCUAUGCUCAGUCUCUGAUUCAAUUAGAUUCUGAGAGAUUAAUGCUUUUAGGGGGUGUACAAACUUUACAAAAUCGUUUUGUGUAUAGCGAUUGCUGGAUACUUACUAUGAAAGGCCCUACAUGGACAUGGAAAGAAAUAGCUGUAAAAAAUAAAGAAUGGGCUGCUGCAAAUAUAUGGUGCAAUCCUGCCUGUAGAGUUGGGGAUAAAGUAGUAAGUCUGAGUAGAAGUAGAAAUGGCUGGAAUAGUGCCAAACCUUUAGUGACAUCUGCUGUAAGAUUGUCCAAUCUUAGUAGAGCUGAAGCAGCUCCUGUAUCUGUUAGAGUGGAACAAAGUUUACAAAGACCUUUAGAUAGAGAUCAUAAUAUUAAUGGACGACGUGGUGUUUUACCUAGGCAACGAAUUUUAAAUAAUGAGCCGGUGGCUGGUCCUAGUCAUGAAAAUGAGAAUACACAAAAUCUCGCAUCUAUAAACGUCAAUUCUAAUCAAAAUCUUUCUAGUGGAGAAGCCAAUCAAGCCAACAAUAGUCUGGAUAUGUCUAAAAAAGAAUCAGCCUUAAGAAGAAAUAAAAAUAAGAAUAAAGGAAUGAAAAUUGUAAGACAAUUGCAAGAAGCUAAUAAAUAUAGGAUGGCUGCUUUCGCAUGUGAUUCUCCUGGAUCUAAUGCACCACCUGAAAAUGAUCUUAUAAAUCAAAGACAAAUAGCUCAUUUAGAAAAUAGAUUAGAAGCUCCAGCAGACAAUCCUCAACAGAGACCACCAGCUGUAAAGAAAAUAAAAAGGAAUACAUUAACCAUGCAUGUUUUAGAUAUCUCUACUGUGGUGGAUGGAAAUUCUAUGAACUAUGUAUCUUGGUUAUGUCCUCGCCUUGGUGAGAUGCAUGGGGCACCAGAGGAAUUGGUCAUGUACUCAUUGGUCAAAGGAAACGGAGAGUUGAUAAUGUUUGGUGGUGUUCAUAAUGAUAUAAGUAUACUGAAUUAUUCCGAACAACAAGAUAUGUAUUCAAAUUCACUACAUUUUAUUAUACCACCUAGAGACAUAAUA